CCAGCGGGAAGCCAGUGGUCCUCCGGAGGGCCUUACCCGUGGCACCUUGGUUGGCCGGGGAUUGGAAUUCGACACGUGAAGGGCUGGGGUCCCGCACCUGCCGGGCAGGCAAGCUCCGGGGUCGCUUGCCUUGGGCCUUUCGAGGGGACCCAACGCCGCCGGAGGGCCGGCUGCCAAGUCCCCGACGGGUCCGCAAAACUUUUGUCCGCCUCGGAGAGGAGACGCGGGCAGUUCCUCCCUUACCGGCUGCGCUAAGGGGAAACCAGCUGCACGGCGCCGGAACCGCCUGCCCGCCCCAGGUUCGGCCGGGAGCGAGAACAGGCCGCCGCCGCCGCCGUCGUUCUGGGGAGCGCUCUUUUCCCACGGCCUCCUUCCUCGGAAAGGCGAGGCCAACCGAGAGGAGGCCGCUCCCAGCUGCCAGAGCGCACACUGAAGAUGUGGGUACCAGCCUCUAUUUUGUGAACGACUCCAUUCAGCAGGUGACCUUCUCCAGCUCUGUGGGAGUGGUCAUCCCUUGUCCAGCAGCAGGAUCUCCCAGUGUCACCCUUCGCUGGUACCUUGCUACUGGGGAUGACAUCUACGAUGUCCCACACAUCCGCCACGUCCAUGCCAAUGGGACUCUACAACUUUACCCCUUCUCGCCAUCUGCCUUCAACAGCUUUAUCCACAACAAUGUUUACUUCUGUACUGCAGAGAACUCUGUGGGCAAAAUCAGGAGCCCAAACAUCCGGGUCAAAGCAGUGUUCAGGGAACCUUAUACAGUUCGAGUGGAGGAUCAAAGAUCAAUGCGUGGAAACGUGGCUGUUUUUAAGUGCCUCAUUCCUUCUUCAGUGCAAGAAUAUGUUAAUGUUGUAUCCUGGGAGAAAGAUACAGUUUCUAUCAUCUCUGAAAAUAGGUUUUUCAUUACUUUCUAUGGUGGAUUGUACAUAUCAGAUGUCCAGAAGGAAGAUGCCCUGUCCACCUAUAGAUGCAUUACAAAGCACAAGUAUAGUGGGGAGACGCGGCAGAGCAAUGGUGCCCGCUUGUCUGUCUCAGACCCUGCAGAGUCCAUCCCAACUGUUCUAGACAGUUUCCAGAUCCAGGAAGCAAAGAUGGGGCAACUGGUGGAAUUGCCAUGCAUUGCCUCUGGAUACCCGAAUCCUGCCAUCCGAUGGGUAAAGGAUGGAAGGCCCCUGCCUACUGAUAGUCGAUGGACCAAGCGUAUCACAGGCCUGACGAUCAGUGGUUUGCGGGUGGAAGACAGUGGGACCUACAUCUGUGAAAUCACAAACACUUUUGGGUCUGCUGAGGUCACUGGGACCCUGACAGUAAUAGAGCCACUGCGGGUCACCCUCACACCAAAGAAGCUAAAGACUGGAAUUGGAAGCACCGUUAUUCUCUCUUGUGCGCUUUCUGGCUCACCAGAAUACUCCAUCCGUUGGUUCCGCAAUACAGAACUGGUGGUUCAAGAUGACUUUGUCUCCAUCCGGGGAAUCCACAAUGAGACGCUGCUCAUCACAGCUGCCCAAAAGAGCCACUCAGGGGCCUAUCAGUGUUUUGCCACUAGAAAGGUUCAGACAGCUCAGGACUUUGCUGUGAUUGUCUUGGAGGAUGGGACCCCCCGGAUUGUCUCCUCCUUCAGUGAGAAGGUGGUGAACCCUGGUGAGCAGUUCUCCCUGAUGUGUGCAGCCAAGGGAGCCCCUCCCCCCACGAUCACUUGGUCUUUGGACGAUGAGCCCAUCCAGAGAGAUGGCAGCCACCGCACCAACCAGUACACCAUGUCUGAUGGCACCACUGUGAGCCACAUGAAUGUGACAGGCCCACACAUCAGGGAUGGAGGCGUCUACCGAUGUACUGCGCGGAACUCGGUGGGCAGUGCCGAAUACCAAGCGCGAAUAAACGUAAGAGGCCCUCCCAGCAUUCGUGCCAUGAAGAACCUCACAGCUGUGGCAGGCCGGGACACCUUCAUCAACUGCAGGGUGAUUGGCUACCCUUAUUACUCAAUUAAGUGGUAUAAGGACUCAUUGUUCCUGCCAGACAACCACCGACAAGUGGUCUUUGAAAAUGGCACUCUCAAGCUGAUGGAUGUCCAGAAGGGGAUGGACGAAGGGGAAUACCUUUGCAGCGUCCUCAUUCAGCCGCAACUCUCCAUCAGCCAGAGCGUCCAUGUCACUGUGAAAGUUCCUCCUCUUAUCCAGCCAUUUGAGUUCCCCCCGGCCUCCAUUGGGCAGCUCCUGUACAUUCCAUGUGUGGUCUCUUCGGGUGACAUGCCGAUCCGCAUCACUUGGAGGAAGGACGGGCAGGUGAUUGUCUCAGGCCCUGGCAUCACCAUUGAGAGCAAGGAGUUCAUGAGCUCCUUGCAGAUCUCCAGCGUCUCCCUGAAGCACAACGGCAAUUACACCUGCAUUGCCAGCAAUGCCGCUGCCACCAUUAGCCGAGAGCGGCAGUUGAUAGUGCGAGUGCCUCCUCGUUUUGUGGUCCAGCCCAACAAUCAGGAUGGGAUCUAUGGCAAAGCUGGGGUCUUGAACUGUUCAGUGGAUGGGUAUCCCCCUCCCAAAGUCAUGUGGAAACACGCUAAAGGCAGUGGGAACCCUCAGCAGUACCACCCUGUCCCCCUGACAGGCCGCAUCCAGAUCCUGCCAAACAGUUCGCUGCUCAUCCGGCAUGUUUUAGAAGAAGAUAUCGGCUAUUACCUGUGCCAGGCCAGCAAUGGGGUUGGGACAGACAUCAGCAAGUCCAUGUUUCUCACCGUGAAGAUCCCAGCUAUGAUCACCUCCCACCCCAACACCACCAUUGCCAUCAAGGGCCAGGCUAAAGAGCUGAAUUGCACAGCUCGUGGUGAGCGCCCCAUUAUCAUUCGUUGGGAGAAAGGGGACACUGUGAUCGAUCCUGACCGAAACAUCCGAUACACCAUUGCUACGAAGGAUAAUAGUGAUGAGGUCAUCUCUACCCUCAAACUCAAGCCUGCUGAACGAGGAGACUCUGUUUUUUUCUCCUGCCAUGCGAUCAACUCCUAUGGUGAAGACCGAGGACUUAUUCAGCUUACUGUACAAGAGCCACCAGACCCUCCAGAACUGGAGAUCCGAGAAGUGAAAGCCCGGAGUAUGAACUUACGGUGGACUCAGAGGUUUGAUGGCAACAGCAUCAUCACAGGUUUUGAUAUUGAGUACAAGAAUAAGUCUGAUUCUUGGGACUUUAAGCAAUCCACCCGGAACAUCUCUCCCUCCAUUAACCAGGCCAAUAUUGUGGAUCUCCACCCAGCCUCCGUAUACAGCAUCCGCAUGUUUUCAUUCAACAAGAUUGGCCGCAGUGAGCCAAGCAAGGAUCUGACCAUCAGCACAGAGGAAGCAGCUCCUGAUGGUCCCCCAUUAGAUGUCACCUUGCAGCCAAUGACAUCCCAAAGCAUCCAGGUCACCUGGAAGGCCCCAAAGAAAGAACUCCAGAAUGGGGUUAUCCGGGGCUACCAGAUUGGCUAUCGAGAGAACAGCCCAGGAAGCAGCGGGCAGUACAGCAUUGUGGAGAUGAAGGCCACGGGGGACAGUGAAGUCUACACCCUUGACAACUUGAAGAAAUUUGCCCAGUAUGGUGUGGUGGUGCAGGCCUUCAACCGGGCAGGCACUGGCCCCUCGUCCAGUGAAAUCAAUGCCACCACACUGGAGGAUGUUCCCAGCCAGCCCCCUGAAAACGUGAGGGCCUUGUCCAUCACCUCUGAUGUGGCUGUCAUCUCAUGGUCCGAACCCCCUCGGAGCACCCUCAAUGGCAUCUUGAAGGGCUACCGGGUCAUCUUCUGGUCUCUCUACAUGGAUGGUGAGUGGGGGGAGAUGCAGAAUGUCACCACCACUCGGGAGCGAGCAGAGCUGCGGGGCAUGGAGAAGUUCACCAACUACAGCGUGCAGGUCCUGGCCUACACCCAGGCAGGUGAUGGGGUCCGCAGCAACGUCCUCCACAUCCAGACUAAAGAAGACAUUCCUGGUCCUCCUGCCGGGAUCAAAGCGGUGCCUUCCUCUGCCAGCAGCGUUGUGGUAUCUUGGUUGCCACCCUCAAAACCUAAUGGGGUUAUCCGGAAGUAUACCAUUUUCUGCUCCAGCCCAGGCUCUGGCCAACCGGCCUGUUCUCCUUCGGUUCUCCUGCAGGCUCCCAGCGAAUAUGAAACAAGUCCAGAGCAGCUGUUCUAUCGCAUUGCACACCUGAACCGUGGGCAACAGUACCUGCUCUGGGUUGCCGCUGUCACCUCUGCAGGGCGGGGCAACAUGAGCGAGAAAGUCACCAUUGAGCCUGCUGGAAAAGCUCCAGCCAAGAUCAUCUCAUUUGGGGGCACAGUUACCACCCCUUGGAUGAAAGAUGUACGACUGCCAUGCAGUUCAGUGGGGGAUCCUCUCCCAGCUAUGAAGUGGACUAAAGACAGUGAUGAUUCAGCUAUUCCGGUCAUUUUGGAUGGUCACCGUCAGAUCCAAUCCAAUGGCACCCUGAUUCUGCGUUCUGUGAAAGCAGAAGACUCGGGGUAUUACACUUGCACUGCCACAAAUACCUGGGGAUUUGAUACCAUCAUUGUCAACUUGCUGGUGCAAGUCCCUCCAGACCAGCCCCGGCUGAUGGUGUCCAAGACUUCGGCUUCAUCUAUCACCUUGGCCUGGAUCCCUGGUGACAAUGGUGGCAGCUCCAUCCGAGGCUUUGUGCUCCAGUACUCAGUGGAUAAUAGUGAGGAGUGGAAGGACGUGUUAAUUGCUUCCGCAGAGCGCUCCUUCAAGCUGGGCAGCCUGAAAUGCGGGACCUGGUACAAGUUGAAGCUGGCAGCCAAGAACAGCGUUGGAGCUGGCCGCAUCAGUGAGAUCAUUGAGGCCAAGACCCACGGCAGAGAACCAUCUUUCAAUAAGGACCAACAUCUGUUCACCCACAUCAACUCCACCCAUGCCAGGCUGAGCCUGCAAGGCUGGAACAAUGGGGGCUGCCCCAUUGUAGCCAUCGUCCUGGAGUUCCGGCCCAAAAGCACCUGGGCUUGGCAGAGCCUGCGAGCCAAUUAUUCCAGUGAAGUCUUUCUGACUGACUUGCACGAAGCCACUUGGUAUGAGCUGCGCAUGAAAGCAUGCAACAGUGCCGGCUGUGGCAAUGAGACUCUGCAGUUCGCCACCCUGGACUACGAUGGCAGCACUAUUCCGCCUAUUAAGUCUGCACAAGGAGAAGGAGAUGAUGUCAAGAAGCUUUUCACCAUCGCUUGCCCUGUCAUCUUGGCCACACUUGGUGUGGCGUUGCUCUUUGUCGUUCGAAAGAAGCGGAAGGAGAAGCGUCUGAAGCGUUUGCGAGAUGCCAAGAGUUUGGCUGAAAUGCUCAUCAGUAAGAAUAAUCGUAGCUUUGACACGCCCGUGAAGGGUCCUCCCCAAGGCCCUCGGCUGCACAUCGACAUCCCCCGGGUUCAGCUGCUCAUUGAGGACAAGGAGGGGAUCAAGCAGAUUGGAGAUGACAAAGCAACAGUCCCAGUCUCUGACCCAGAAUUCAACCAGACUGUCAAUCCACAGACCUUCUGCACAGGGGUGUCACUACACCAUCCAGCACUGAUCCAGAACACGGGGCCUUUGAUUGAUAUGUCUGACAUCCGCCCUGGCACAAAUCCUGUUUCAAGGAAAAGUGUGAAAUCUACACACAGUACCCGGAACAGAUACUCCAGCCAGUGGACUCUCACCAAGUGCCAGGCCUCCACGCCAGCACGGACUCUGGCCUCUGACUGGAGAGCAGUUGGCUCCCAGCAUGGCAUCACAGUGACUGAAAGUGACAGUUUCAGUGCUAGUUUGUCCCAGGACACAGACAAAGGCCGAAACAGCAUGGUGUCCACAGAGAGUGCCUCAUCCACUUAUGAAGAGUUGGCUCGGGCUUAUGAGCAUGCCAAGUUAGAGGAGCAGCUGCAGCAUGCCAAGUUUGAAAUCACAGAGUGCUUCAUUUCUGACAGCUCCUCUGACCAGAUGACCACUGGCACCAAUGAGAAUGCUGACAGCAUGACUUCCAUGAGCACUCCCUCUGAGCCAGGCAUCUGCCGCUUCACAGCCUCUCCUCCCAAACCACAAGACAGUGACCGUGGCAAGGGUGUAGCUGUGCCUAUCCCUCACCGAGCAAAUAAAAGUGACUACUGCAACCUGCCUUUGUAUAUGAAAUCUGAAACGUUCUUCCGCAAGCCAGACCUUCAAGACCCUUGUCCUGUAGUGCCACCCCGGGAAGCCUCCAUACGAAAUCUGGCUCGAACCUAUCACACACAAGCAAGACACUUGACUUUAGAUGCCAGCGGCAAAGCCUCGGCUGCACCACACGCAACUGCAGCCACCACCUUACCUCAGAGAACUCUUGCCAUGCCAGGCUCAGCCAGUGGUGCCCCUCUUGCUGCUCCCACUGUUGCUCCUGCCCCGGCCCCUGAACCUAGCCCGGGUCCUGCUGCUGAGCCACGCUUGCCUACGCAUAGCAAAAUUGGGGGGUCCAAAGACUCAUUAUUAGAAAUGAGCACAUCUGGCGUAGGGAGGCCACAGAAGCAGGGAACUGGUGCCUACUCCAAAUCCUAUACGCUGGUCUAGAGUGGGUAGGAAGGACAGAUGUGGUUCUUUCUCCAAGUCAUUUAUACUGGAAUUAAGUGGAGCUCUUGUACAGAAUGGAUUUUUUGUUUUUGUAUAAAUGAAACUAUUUUUCUCUUCUCCAGAAUUGGGGGGGAAGUCACGAGGGCUCCGAGCAUUUGCAGGAAUUUCUUUUAUGGAAGAAGCCCUGCUCUCCUUUUAGUGUUGUGGAAGAGAGUGCUGAAUUCUGCUGGGCACACGCUCUUUCUCAUCCUAUUGCCCUCACCAUGCAGACUUUUUUUUUUUUUAAAGACCCCUUUGGGAGACACUGCAUGUUGUUUUACUGUUUGGUAAACUAUGGGAUUUGCUUCCAGUUGCAUCUGCCUAAUACUUUUUUCUAUUUAAAAAAAAAGCCAGCGCAGUGUGCAAUAAAAGUUAUGUUUCUAUAACACGAGAGUCCUUUGUUUGGUAUAGGCUGAUCUCCAAGAACAAACAGGAAGCUGUGAUGCAGAUGGCAGAGGCAGCUUUGAAAGAAUAAAUUCUGGAAUCCUAUUUCAGAGCCCUUGCAAUUCACAUCCUCUGUUUUAACAUGAAUUAAGCUAUUCUAGGAAAUGUCAGAUAUUAAGCAGAUCAUUAUUUUAUAUAUACAUCUCUUAGGCAUCACAGCUAUUUAAAAGCUGUAAUGUCUAAUAAAACCUUUUAAAAUGCCAUUUUCCUUUCCUUAGCACAGUCAAUAAAAUAGGAAUUGUCAGACAGGGAGAGACAGUAGGCCACUAUUUUUUUCUUACCGGCAAACAAAGCUUCCAGUUGUUAGAACCCCUCAAAUGGGUUUAGUAGGGCAGGUUCAGGUGGGGAGAGACCUUGCAUCAGCUCCCCUGGUUGGCAAGGAGAGUUUCAGACCGGGCAAUGCUCCACCUUGCCUAGCAGAGGGCAGCAAGUCCAUCACUAGAGAAUUCGUUUUCCCUCCUGGAUGGCCUUUGUCUGAGCAAGUGAACUGUUUACUGUAGGUGCCACGAGUAAAGACAAAUGCAGCAGCCAAUUAGAUGGCCACACUGGAAGCUGCCACCAUGCAAGACAUGGUGGUAACCUUCUAAGCAGAGGGCUGGGAUGGGAAACAAGCUGGUGGCAUGUCAAUACAAAGACCUGAAGACUGGCAUAGAAAUUAAAAGUCCAUAGCCUCCCAGCCUAUCAGCCGCUUGUAUUGCUGAGAUAUAAUAUACAAUGCUGUACAACUUUGUGCAAAUGUCUCAGAGUGAUUUACUUCCUGAGAAGGGAGGUGGGUUAUUGAGUCCUUUGCCCUGUAAUGUCACACAGCUAAUUCCAUCAUUCCCUAAUAAGAGGAUGCAAGCGAACUCCCUCCUCCCUCUGCUUCUGAUCAAAGGGACGGAUUUACCAGAAUGCUCCCAGCAUGGGAUGGAACUUCACAGCCAGCCUUCAGCAGAGACGGGGCUGCCUGAUGCUAGCAGCGCUCACUCAACGGCCUCCCCGUUUCGGAACCUUUCAUCUUCAUUCAUGAUGCCGAGGCAGGUCACCUUCCAAUGGUGCCCACCAGGGGAGAGGGAAAGGGGAGGGCAAGGAUUAGGCAUGGAGCAGAAGGCACAGGACUUCUGCUCAGCAUAGAAUCUCUACCAUUUACAUUCCGAUUACAAAAGGCCACCAGAAAAAUCUGGCUGAAGCUGAUCUGCUGGGUAUCCAAAGAGAGACACACUUUUCUCCUAGCAAUCUCCAUGAUUGCCUCUGCCUUGAUUAAGGAAUGGAGCAACUCACAAAAUAACGUUGGGACCAGAUGAAGC